GCGACGGCUGUGUGUGCUAAACUUUGUGAGUGAAUAGACAGGACUAUGUUCAGGACAAGAACCCUCCACCUUGUGGUGUUCGUCACAGUGACCGUAUCUGUUGUCGCCAGCCAUAUUGUAAAGAGUCAGAGUAACAAUGACAACCAACCCGGACAGUCUAGACAUGAUGGCAAACGGGCGAUGGACAGCAUGUAUAAAGGUAUGAUGGAGUCCUUUAAGACGAGUUUUGUACCCGGUUCUAAGAAGGACGACGGCAAUACUGAUGCUUCUCCAAGUGAUUGGAAGAACAUGAUACCAGGUUUUGCAAAAGGUUUUAUUCCUGAUAGUGCAGAGGAUGGAACAGAUAACAGCACUGUCAGUGAAGACGCUGUUGCAGAUCCUUCUGCCACAAACGCGACCUCCGUGGAUAUCGAAGGGGCAUUCCAUGUCAACGCCGCCAUUAAAGAUGACGAAUCAGUCGGAGAGGAAAAAAUGACGUCACAAGAUGGCAGUUCACCUGAUAGUACUGCACUACCGGCAGUUCUGUCAACAGACGAUAACGUUCCCUCGGAAUUCGGUCUCCUCACUCAUGAUAAUGAUCUAGCGAGUACUGAUACACAAUCUAGUGAGACAGAAGCUAUGGAAACCCCGGCAGAUAUGACUGGUAAACAGGAUGAACAAGGCAGUGAUAUGGCACAAUCAGAAAGUGAUCUAGCAGAAAAACAAGCUAAAGAACCACCAGCAGAUACGGAAACAAAUGUUGAAAAUACAGAAACGGACUUAACUGAACAGGAACCAAGUUCAGAUACCAGAAAGUCUAUGUUUCUGAAGGUGGCAAUGCGUGGUAAGGCGUCCCUCAAGAAAGACGGGGAAACAGCAGCGGAGGCAGCUGAGGAAGACACGAAGGAAACUGUUAUUUAGUCCUCACAUCUCAACCACAUAAAUAAUUACCAUGCACCUGGACAUGACCAGAAUAUCGUUCACAUAUACUAAAUUUUCAAUGUUAAUGUAUACUUGAAGAACGACAAUAAAAUGGUUAACAAAA